AGUUCAACAAAACAUCAGAGAAGCUAGCUGCCGUUAGCUUACUGAAAUACGAUGGUGUCCCUACGGCAGGUGUUGGUAUGUGGACUGUGUUAAAACGGUUACGAGGACCAGGAGGAGGCCGGCUAACAUAAUGCUUUCUGCCCUGGUCUGUGGCGCUCUGGUGUUCCCUGGACUUUUCUGCGGCUCCAGAAAAGUCCUUAAAUCCACUUUCACACAGUGGAGCGACGCUGACGUGGUUUGUGUUAGUGAGAGGCUGGUUUCUGCCAUACAUGCAUCUCUGGCUACUGCAGCUGGAGUCACAGUCAUGAUAUCCUGCAGGGACGUCAUGGCUGACAGUCACUGGCUGGUGAACGCGUUUGUAUUGUUUGGAGUGCCCUACAUGGUCUUUGACAUCUAUGCCAUGUAUCUGAGCCACUACCAUACUCAGAAGCUCAAAGGUCAUUCCAGCUCACACAGCGGCCACUCUCUUCAGACAGUGAAAGCUUUUCUCAUCAAGGACUCCAUGUUGGUUCUUCAUCAUGUGGCCUUGCUUCUCGUUUUCAUGCCCAUCACGCUGUUCUUCAGAAGAGGACUGGGGGACUUCUUCAUCGGCUGCCUGUUCACCACAGAGUUCAGCACUCCUUUUGUCUCCAUUGGAAAGAUUCUCAUCCAGCUGGGUCUCGACAACACCAGACUCCACAGGAUCAACGGCAUCAUUGUCUUGCUCAGUUUCUUCACAUGUCGGAUCCUGCUCUUCCCCUUCAUGUAUUGGAUGUAUGGCCGGCAAGUUGGGAUUCCUCUGCACAGAGUGGUCUUUCACCUGCCGCUGCAAUGCAACGUGGGUAACCUAGUGCUCCUGGCUCCACAGAUCUACUGGUUUAUACUUCUGCUGAGGAAAGCCAACAGACUGUACCUGAGGCAGAGGAAGGGGCCGGCCCGCAAAGACUGAAGGCUCCAUGAUUUUUGAAAAAAACAACACAAAACCCUCAGAUUAUUGCUACAGUUCAUGAAAAUAUAAGUUUAUUAUUUUCAUAAUAAAGUUAAGUCAGAUUUAACAGGAAUAGUUGUUUAACUGUGACUCUAUCACAUUGUCUGUCAGCAGUGCUGUUUUCCUGUUGUCUGUUCAGCUUUUAUAUGUUAGAGCCUCAACAAUGUUACCCAACUACACAGAAUCUGUUUGUAUAAAUUAAAGUCACUUUAAUGAAUAAAGGGUGAAAUAAUAACACACUGAUGAUGACUGAGUGCCCCUGGUGUACAGUACACACAUUUAGCUCACGUUUUCAUGCUGUCUACAAUAUUAGUGCAAAUAAUAACUGCUCAACGUGUUGCAAAAUAUGAUUUUAAGUUUGCUUUUUAAUUCACAGAGAUUUCAAGCUCGUUACUUCUUAACCUGAGUUCAGUGUGACAGAUUUCCUCCUUAUUUCCAUCUCCAUGCUUUCAUUCUUGCACCCUACAUGAGUAGUUUUGUGUCCUGCCCUCACAUACAGCAGGUCUGUGUCUCAUUAUAUUAAAAAUAUCUUUUCUAUGACAUCACAUAGA